CGGAGCGGCUACGAGAAUAGCCGCAGCUGGUGCCGGUUGUGUAAGGCGACGGCCUUUGGACUUUAGUUGGCCCUGAUAGGGAAAGUAAAAGGAAGUCGUUCUAGCUGCUUCCGUCACCGCGACCUACGGAGAUCCCGUCCUUGUUCACCUUUACAGCAUGGCUACCUCAAACCCCGCCGCUCUUCUCCUCCGGGCUGCGGCCUCCUCCUACUGUCGGCUUCUCACAGCUUCCCGCGGGACCAGUGGCGGCUGGGGCAGCGCUGCUAGCCUAGGCCCCACUCGGCGCUUUCACGCGUCGGCCCUGGCACGGCUCAGCUCAGAAGAUAAAGUUACUGUGCACUUUAUAAAUCGUGAUGGUGACAAGCUAACAGCCAAAGGAAAAGUUGGGGACUCUCUUCUAGAUGUUGUGGUUGAUAACAAUCUAGACAUAGAUGGAUUUGGGGCAUGUGAAGGAACACUUGCCUGUUCCACCUGUCACUUGAUCUUUGAAGACCAUAUAUUUGAAAAACUAGAUGCAAUCACUGAUGAGGAAAUGGAUAUGCUGGACCUUGCCUAUGGGCUGACAGACAGAUCUCGACUGGGUUGUCAAAUCUGCUUGAAGAAAUCAAUGAAUGGUAUGACUGUUCGAGUGCCUGAAGCUGUUGCUGAUGCUCGACAAUCUGUAGAUAUGAGCAAGAAUUAAAAUAAAGUCUUUAGGGUAUUUUGGGGGAACAGAAAAUUUUUAAUAACUUAUUUCUAAAUGUUUUAAUAAAAUAAGAAAAUAUACACAAA